CCUCAGUGGUUGUUACCCGGAUGUGGCCUUCUUCCUGUCAGGCCGCCGUACAGGCGUUACGUGGCAGUCGUAGCUCGCACCCCGGCAGCCUGGAGAGGUGACGCCUCUUUCGGAGCGAGGCCCAGAUCCCAGACCGCCGACUUCUUAGUUCCUUGUCAUCAUGUUCACGCUUUCUGAACUCGUAACCCUGCUCGCUUUCUUUUCCGCCACGGCGUCUGGUUAUUUUGUCAGUAUAGACGCUCACGCGGAAGAAUGCUUCUUCGAGCAGGUCACUUCGGGGACCAAAAUGGGCCUUAUUUUUGAGGUGGCGGAGGGGGGAUUUCUGGACAUCGACGUUGAGAUAACCGGUCCAGACAACAAAGACAUCUAUAAAGGAGACCGAGAGUCCAGUGGAAAAUACACCUUUGCAGCCCACAUGGAUGGAACUUACAAAUUCUGUUUUAGCAAUAGGAUGUCCACCAUGACUCCUAAGAUUGUAAUGUUUACUAUUGAUAUAGGAGAAGCUCCAAAAGGUCAAGACAUGGAAACAGAAGCACAUCAGAAUAAGCUAGAAGAAAUGAUCAAUGAACUGGCUGUAGCUAUGACUGCUGUGAAGCAUGAACAGGAAUACAUGGAGGUGCGAGAAAGAAUACACAGAUCAAUUAAUGACAACACAAACAGCAGAGUGGUGCUUUGGUCGUUUUUUGAAGCCCUUGUACUUGUUGCUAUGACACUGGGACAGAUCUAUUAUCUAAAGAGAUUUUUUGAAGUGCGGCGAGUGGUUUAAGAAAAAGCAAAGUUGUUUUAUUGUCCUUGCUGAGAAGACACAAAUCAACAAUUUUUGUGUUUCCUCAUACCGUCAAUUACAUGGUCACAAAUCUCUGAAGUUUAGUCUCCCUAAAAAGUGGAUUUUUUUUUUAAAUUUCCCUCUUUUUCAUUUUGCCUCUGAUCAGCUGUAGGAUUGGUAAACUGUAAAUAUACUUGCCAAGAAGAAAAAAACAGGUUUUUUUUUCUCUUUUAAAUAAAAGGACAUUUGAGAGGGAAAUCUAAGAUGCUAUAUGUAUUGUGGUGCCCAUCCAAAAUGGGAAUCUAUAUACUGUUUAUGUCCUACCAGCUAGCCCACACAGUGAUGUUUAUGGAGGAAAGCAGAAAAAGAAGUUUUCAUAAAAUUAGAUUAAGAAAUGGAGCAAAGCGUAACUUAAAUAUGAAGCAAUUUUCCACAUUACAAAUAAAAGUUUCAUCAACUGAACUUGUGAGAUUAUAUUUGGAAAAGGUGUGUUUAGUUUAAGGUAAAUGUGACCAUGAGCUGGACCAAGACAACAAGAGGAGUUUUUUAUUAUCUUUUUCCAGUCAAGUCAUCCACAUUUUCACUCACGGAGUAAAACAUUGCUGGUUUCUCUCACACAGUAAUGGAAGCCAUUUUUCCUGUUUUCUCUCCUGAAUCAUCUGUUAACCAACUACUCUAAGUGCGGUUGGUUAGUGAGAGGCAAAAUGAAGGAAGCAUCCUCCACUAUAAUAAAUGGGUCAAAGAACCCCGAGAAGUAAUCUUAUCCCUCUAUUGUUAGCUGUGUCUACAUUGGUAAAAGGCUACAGCAGUCCAUUAUUUAGAAAACAAAACUGGAGGUGUUUGCAGGAUGCCUUCCAUUGAUCCCAUAUAAUUGUCCUUAACUUAUGCUUAAAGACUUCUGUGGUCCAAUUAAAGACUUGAUUACCUGCAAAUCUUUAAUUACAGAACGCUUAUAGGUCUGUAUUCGUCUGCCUUGUCCACUGGAUUAUAUUUUUAUUUGUAUGUGUUAAUUUUGUUGUACUAGGGGAGAGUUCCAGCGCUACAUGUUUAGGCCAUUUUCUGCAGUGUUUGGAUGAAGGAUACUUACAGUUUUCUUGGGAUAUCUGGGAGACAUUGACAGAAUUUCCUUAUGGCAUCUUUUGCUUUGCUUGUUGCAAUUUAUGCCAGCACCUUUUGUCUUCAAUACUUUUUAUUCUUUUAUGUUAUGGAUUUGCCAUUUUUUUGUGCAGAGCCAAAUUAUCUUUCAUCCCCAUUUUUCGUUAGUGGUUCUUGAAACAAAUGGGGUCCCGGUGUUGGUGCAAAUCAAGAUUACAUAAUAAAUGAUGUAAGUGGGUUAUAUUUUUUUUCCUGUUUUCUCUUGUUUUUCUCUACACAGACAACCUUUACCAGUAACAACUGUUUUGUACAAUUAAGUUAAGAAGUUUUCUUACUGGUUUUCAUGUUUAAAAGAACAUUUUGGGCAAAACCUCUAAAUGCAGCAGUUUUUAAAAGGAUGGAAUUCAUUUUUUUAAGACUGUUGACAGCCAAACAUUGUUUGAACAUCAAAUGUAAAUUGACUUUUAAGGUGUACAUUUUAAAGGAAGAUGCUUGUCAAAAUAUUACCCAAGUUCAAUGAAAAAUAAACACACAUUCUAUAAAAAAAA